CUAACGGAUCAGUUCCAAUCUAGAAGUUGUCCGGGAAUAUAGUGAAGUACUGGUAGUCUUUGCAACAACAGAAAAAAAUCUCUGUCAGAAUCGGGAUUAUUUCCCUUCGCAGCUGACCAACUUUUUGGCGAACAGUAACAGGAAGAGUCGUGCGUAACGGAGUGAAAAAUUGGGAAAAGUACCUAGAAAAAACAGUGCAGUGAUUUGGUGAAUUUCGGGAGAAGCUGCAUUAUUCCAACAGAAGGAACCACUUUAAAGGAUUUUCGAUAGCUUUACGUUGUGAGCUCUGAGUAAGCUUAUUACCGGGCAAAAAGAUGGCACCGAACGCGGUGACGGCCGAGGCGACCGGCGUGUUGAACGAGAAUGACGCCGAAACCAUCGACGGGGGUCUUGCGAAGGAUAUUGUGCCGCUGAAGCGAGCCGAGAAGCGCAAGAUCAAGCUCGUGUGGCGAAACGUGAUAGCGUUCGGAUAUCUGCACCUGGCGGCCGUUUACGGAUUGUGGCUGAUAUUGACAUCCGCUAAGCUAUACACCAUUGGAUUUGCAUUUAUACUGUACGUCUUAUCCGGUCUCGGAAUCACAGCCGGAGCCCACAGACUGUGGGCCCAUCGUUCGUACAAAGCGAGGCUGCCUCUGCGUAUUAUCCUAGCCACGUUCAACACGAUUGCAUUCCAGGAUUGUGCUAUGCAUUGGGCUCGCGAUCACCGGGUACAUCACAAAUACUCGGAAACGGAUGCCGAUCCGCACAAUGCUACCCGUGGAUUCUUCUUUUCCCACAUUGGUUGGCUGUUGUGCCGGAAGCAUCCGGAAGUUAUCGCCAAGGGACGUAUGCUGGACAUUUCGGACCUCCAAGCGGAUCCCGUGCUGCGAUUCCAGAAAAAAUACUACAUGCUCCUGAUGCCAGUAGCAUGCUUCAUCCUGCCCACGAUAACCCCUGUUUACUUCUGGAAUGAGACCUGGACGAACGCGUGGUUCGUUGCGACACUGUUCCGCUGGACUUUCAUUCUGAACGCGACCUGGUUGGUAAACAGUGCUGCCCACAAAUGGGGUGACAGGCCUUACGACAAAACAAUCAACCCAUCCGAGAACAAAACGGUAGCCUCGUUCGCGUUCGGCGAAGGCUGGCACAACUAUCACCACGUGUUCCCCUGGGAUUACAAGACGGCCGAGCUGGGCAAUUACCGGAUGAAUUUGACGACUGCCUUCAUCGACUUCUUCGCCAAGAUUGGCUGGGCCUAUGACUUGAAGACGGUCUCGAAAGAAAUCAUUGCGAAGCGGGUGCAGCGAACCGGAGACGGCACGCACCCGACCUGGGGCUGGGGCGACAAGGAUCAGGACAAGGUUGAAAUUCAGCACGCCAAAAUCAUCAAUCGGAAGGAGGAGUAAAUUUGAAUUAGGGGCGCAACAAGCAAAUUGCGUGUGUAUGUGAUAGAAGAAAGAGAGCGAGAGGAACUGAGUGUAUAUUAUUUAAACAUGUGAAUUAUUCUCUAGGGAAACUUAAGUGAUCUUUUUGGCUUACAUUUGUUUGUAUGAGGAAAAUUCUUACUUUUAUAAAUGGCUCCCAUGCGUUUCGAUUGCCCCAGGAAGGCGACAUAAGCAGAAGUUUUGGGAAUCAAAUCAAAUGAAUUGAUUUUAUCGAAAGGGGACCUCAAAUAAAUUCAUUACAUGAAAGAGUCCUGGAAUCACAUGGUUAGAGAUAUUGUUAACCAAUUAAAAAACAGAAUGCCAAUUUGUUGAGGGAAAAUCAGAUUAUGUUAAAACUUUGCCCAUUUGUUAAUACGUUCAUAUAAUAGCGGCAUCAGAUCAAAAUGAAGUGAACCAAAUGAAACUGUUCCCUGAACACCCAGAUGAACAAAACACAAAAUAUUAUUCAUACCUGUUAGUUCGUAUAAUUUAUUACCUACAUUUAAAGUGAACAUUGUUUCCGUAUCUUCCUAGAGAAGUUGUGGAAAUGAAAGAUUUAGGAAGAAAUAGAUGGACACUCAGGCAGUGUUGACACUACAAGAAAAACGGAGCAGGACAAAGAAUUUGUUAUUGACACCUCAUCAAUAUCUUCAAAGAAAUGUUCCUUCACAUCAGUUGAGGGUUUGUUUUUAGAAAUAUUUCUUAUGGUGUAAAAUGAGGCAAAAAUAAUAAACAAGGAUGGAUUGAGACUGAAAUGAAAAAUGAAACGUGAAUAUAUAACGACUUUUGGAAAGGUUUUAAGGGCGGUGUAUGGAAACUCCCGAGUGUGGUACCGGCACGAAAAAAACACAGGAAGAGUUUAUUGACAUAUUUAUUGUUUGCUAUUUUAACCAACCUUCUCCCUAUCACUUAAAAAGGUACCCUGCUACUGUAUUCCCAAAGGGUCGCAACUAAAAUGUAAGACUAAUAAGGUUUACUAUUUAAUACGGAUGAAACAAAGCCACAUGUUCCUUAGAGCGCACGAAACUAUCUUUUCUGCACCACAUGUAUGUUACAUUAUAUGGAUAUUCGAUAUUCGGAGAUCGUCACCCCAAAUGGUUUUGUUUCGUUGGUUACACUCUCGAUACAGGAUGAUGUUAUGAGAUUAUAAAGAAGCACACCUUUUUCAGUAAUGCAAAUAUCGGAUGACCAACGAGAGAAUCGAGCAACAAUCGCUGUAACUCUUUAACCAAAAGCUCCAAUCUAAAUGAAGAACAAAUCAAUAAUACAUUCUUUAUAUAAUUACACACAUACCGCAUGGCGUUAUGGAAGUGAUGAUGUUUUUUCCGAAAAAAAAAACUAAUUAUAGAUG